AUGGCUCCGGCACAGGAUACCAUGUUUCGCUCGGCGAACAUGAGUAUGGUGCAGCUGUACAUUUCCAACGAAAUAGGUCGCGAGGUUGUCACUGCACUUGGAGAGCUUGGUCUCCUCCAGUUCCGCGAUCUCAAUGGCGAAGUCAGCGCUUUCCAGCGCACUUUCACUCAAGAGAUUCGAAGACUCGACAAUGUCGAACGCCAGCUGCGAUACUUCUAUGCUCAGAUGGAGAAGGCCGGAAUUCCUCUCCGCAAGUUCGAUGUCGAUGCGGAGCGCCUCGCCAAUCCCUCUACUUCGGAGAUCGACGAGCUGGCUGAGCGCAGCCAGGGCUUGGAGCAGCGUGUGUACCAGCUCAAUGACAGUUACGAGACCUUGAAGAAGCGCGAGGUCGAGCUCACCGAGUGGCGCUGGGUUCUCCGUGAGGCUGGCGGCUUCUUCGACAGAGCUCACGGCAACGUCGAAGAGAUCCGCGCGUCCACCGAUAACGAUGACGCUCCCCUGCUGCAGGACGUUGAGCAGCACAACUCGGCCCCCGAGGUCGAGCGCUCCUUCUCCGGCAUGAACAUUGGCUUCGUUGCCGGUGUCAUCAACCGCGACCGCGUCGCCUCCUUCGAGCGUAUCCUUUGGAGAACCCUCCGUGGAAACUUGUACAUGAACCAGUCCGAGAUCCCUGAGCCGCUCGUCGACCCGACGAACAACGAGGAGAUCAACAAGAACGUCUUUGUGAUCUUCGCCCACGGCAAGGAGAUUCUCGCCAAGAUUCGCAAGAUUUCUGAGUCCAUGGGUGCCGAAGUCUACAACGUCGACGAGAACAGCGAUCUCCGUCGCGACCAGAUCCACGAGGUUAACGCUCGCCUUAACGAUGUUCAGAACGUUCUUCGCAACACGCAGCAGACCCUUAACGCGGAGCUGCAGCAGAUCAGCCAGGCUCUGUCCGCCUGGAUGGUCUUGGUCACCAAGGAGAAGGCUGUCUACAACACGCUCAAUCUAUUCUCGUACGACCGUGCCCGUCGUACGCUGAUUGCUGAGGGUUGGUGUCCGACCAACGACCUCCCACGAAUUCGCUCGACCCUGCAAGACGUCACGAACCGUGCAGGCCUGUCGGUGCCUUCCAUUAUCAACGAGAUUCGCACCAACAAGACCCCUCCUACGUACAUCAAGACCAACAAGUUUACCGAGGCUUUCCAGACCAUCGUUAACGCUUACGGUACUCCCACCUACCAGGAGGUCAACCCGGCUCUUCCGGUUAUUGUAACCUUCCCCUUCCUCUUCGCCGUCAUGUUCGGUGAUUUCGGUCACGCUGUCAUCAUGACGCUUGCUGCGCUCGCCAUGAUCUACUGGGAGAAACCUCUCAAGAAGGUCAGCUUCGAGUUGUUUGCCAUGAUGUAUUACGGCAGAUACAUCGCCCUGGUCAUGGGUCUGUUCUCGCUCUUCACUGGUCUCAUCUACAACGAUAUCUUCUCCAAGUCUAUGACGCUGUUCGACAGCGCCUGGGAGUGGGAUGCCGGUGACAACUACACUGAGACCAGAACGCUUGUUGGCAAGCUCAACGACAAGGGCUACCGCUACCCCUUCGGUCUUGACUGGAGAUGGCACGGUACCGACAACGACCUCCUCUUCAGCAACAGUUACAAGAUGAAAAUGUCCAUCGUCCUCGGCUGGGCGCAUAUGACCUACUCUCUUAUCUUUUCCUACGUUAACGCUAAGCACUUCAACAAGAAGGUCGAUAUCUGGGGCAACUUCGUUCCCGGCAUGAUUUUCUUCCAGUCCAUUUUCGGCUACCUGGUGCUUUGCAUCAUCUACAAGUGGACCGUCAACUGGUACGACCCCUCGGUCACGGAGGGUCCUCCUGGACUGUUGAACAUGUUGAUCUACAUGUUCCUGUCGCCCGGUUCAACCCCCGAGAAGCUUUACAACGGCCAGGGCUUCGUCCAGGUCGUUCUUUUGCUGCUUGCUUUCAUUCAAGUUCCUAUUCUCCUGUUCCUGAAGCCUUUCUGGCUCCGCUGGGAGCACAACCACGCUCGCGCCAAGGGCUAUAGGGGUAUUGGCGAGAGCUCUCGUGUUAGUGCUCUGGAUGGCGACGACGACGACGAGGCGCAGCCGCUUAACGGCCGCCCGAGCUUCGAGUCAGAUGGCGAAGGCGUUGGUAUGAUCACGCAGGACCUGCACGGCGAUGGCGAGCACGAGGAGUUUGAGUUCAGUGAAGUCAUGAUCCACCAGGUCAUUCACACGAUUGAAUUCUGCUUGAACUGCGUUUCCCACACGGCUUCCUACCUCCGUCUGUGGGCUCUUUCGCUUGCUCACCAGCAGCUCAGUGUUGUGCUCUGGAACAUGACUCUCAACAACGUCCUUCCCAUGACUGGUGUCCUUGGUGUUAUUGCCAUCGUCAUUGGUUUCUAUCUGUGGUUCUUCCUUACUAUCGCCAUUCUCGUCCUGAUGGAGGGUACCAGUGCCAUGUUGCACUCUCUCAGAUUGGCCUGGGUCGAGUCCUUCUCCAAGUUUGCUGAGUUCGCUGGUUGGCCUUUCGCACCGUUCUCAUUCAACACCUUGUUAGAGGAGACGGAAGAGCUGAAGGAGUACCUGGGUUAA